CCAGAUUCUUGUCUAUUCCUAAAUCUAAUAUUUUGGUUCACGCAGGGCUGAUGAUUGUUGCUUGUUGUCAUUGUCCUUGCUCCAGGCUUAGUCAUCAUCAUCCUUUUUUACCACCACACCAAGCUAAAUCUAUCACAAAAUAUUUUAUACCUUAGUCACGCACAGUUAUUACAAGAUUUUCGUCUCGAGAUCUCUUCGUUGUCCUCUUUGUUCUUGGUCUUCUUAGUAAUCUUGUCCAGACAACGUUCGUUCUCUCGUCCUUGUGAAAGUUAAGGGAAAAGGAUAAGUUUUGGUAGGACUAGAAAAUGGAAACGUUUCAUCUACAGUUUGCCAGAUAACCCCCGUCCACGGAUGACAUUACUUGAAAUUAUAAGAAACUUGUUGAAUAUUCAUAAUAGUAACAAAAUGAAUUGAUUUUGGGCUUUCACUCGAUUGUGUUCAUCAUCUGUCCGAAUUAGUUGGGGUGGGUGACAUAAUAAUUGCCAGAAUUUGUAUAUUAGUCGUUCGUAUUGUUCCGGCCAGUAUUUCUUCAGUGGAACAUUAGCAGCACUAUGUACGACAAAUCUCUUUAAAUACGGGUAUACGAGAUAAGCAGCGUCAGGGAGUCAUUUCUCUGGGGACUACUAAUUACGGGCUUGAACGAGAUUAUUAGAAGUUUACAAAAUGCGUGAAGUACGCCAACCUGAGAGGAUGGUUGCCGUCCCUAUUUCGUACAGGGCUCGAAGGAGAAAUGCAACCUAUAUCAGUUCCUGUACUAAAUACACAAUGUUCUUUUUCAAUUUUCUGUUCUGGUUGAUUGGCGGAGCGUUGAUUGGAAUUGGGGUGUAUGCGCUAGUUGACCAGUGGCAGACUGGGGAUGGUGUUCGAGUCACGGAUAUAGCAGAUAUUCUCUUCAAUGUAGGUUUAAUUAUUGCCAUCAUUGGGGCUGUCAUAUUCUUCGUCAGCUUUGCGGGCUGCAUCGGUGCUCUAAGGGAGAAUACGACUUUACUUCAACUGUACUCUCUGGCGUUGGUCGUUUUCUUUCUGUUGGAGUUGGGUGUUGCAAUCCUGUGUUUCGUCUUUCCUGCCAAAGUUGAAGGUUUUCUUUCUGGACGGAUCACUGACAACUUUAUUAAAAAAUACAGGGAAGAUCCAGAUUUGCAAAACUUUAUAGAUUUCAUUCAGCAAGAGUUUCAUUGUUGUGGUUUGAGCGCAAGGAGUUAUGAAGAUUGGUCUAAAAACGAGUACUUUAACUGCACCGGUCCAGAAUUCAAUCCAAGUAUAGAGAGGUGUGGAGUGCCUUAUUCUUGUUGUAAAAAUGCAACUGACAUGUCUAGCGGGUUGAUAAAUAUCAUGUGCGGAUAUGGAGUUCAGCGUGAAGCUGGAGUGACUACGACACCAGUCUUGGUAAAAAAGAAUGCAUCCUUGCUCCAACACGAUCCGAAAGACAAAGUAUGGACACAGGGCUGUUUAGAAUCUCUAAAAUCAUGGAUCAAUCGAAAUUUAUACAUUGUUGCUGGACUCGCUGUAGGGAUCGCAUUAAUGCAGUUAUUUGUGAUGUACCUAGCAAAGUCAUUGGAGGGACAAAUAGAGCUACAAAAGUCGACUUGAUAACGCUCACACAGCAAAUACAAAAACUUUAAGUGUUAUUCAACAAUCAUUGUUUUUAGUCUAAGUAUUAAGCUUCCGUUCCUUUUUUCGUUGCAAUGCAUUUUGCCAAUAACCUACAUACAUAAAAUGUUAUUAUUGCUGGUUGGUUAAAGUUAGUAACUAGUGUAUGUACGGCAUUAAUCAACCCUAUCUCUCUCACGUGAGUUUUACAUACCAUGUCAAUCAUCAUCCUCUCAUGCAAUGCCAUUUGGAAGGCAUUGCAUGAAUUUCUCACUAGUCAGUCACAAUAAUUUAUACCCAAUAUUUAGUAUAAAAACAGUUGUUUGUUCUCUGCGAUCUUUUUACCGUCUUUUGUAUACACAAUUUUUUAGUAUUUCUUAUAGCGUUUAAGUGGAUGGUGGAGUUUUAUACUGAAUGUGCUUCAAGGUAUCAAUGCUGUGUACAUUUUUAACACGAUGUUCUGCUUUCUCCACGUCGUCGACCGUUCCAGUAACGUAGUAAUGAGCAAUAAUACUUAGCAAUGCAUGUAUUUAGUCUGUUCCGCUUAUCAUUCCUGGGACCACACCAACCCUUCAUCAUGAAUCUGUCAUUACUACAAAUAAACGUAAAAAUAUUAUAUAAUUUCUCGUAUUUAUAAUAUCCAUUUUUAUGUACACACCGGGAGACUUUUGUGAUAACCAAUCCAACAAUUUUGAAAUUAUUUAAAGAGUAUUGUUACACAGUUCUCGAUGUUGAAUCAUUACCAUUGAAAAGGAAUAAACAUUUUGGAUGUUUUUUGA